GCCAGGACGCCACAGCCAUGGUGGCGGCGUCCUGACCAGACGCCACCCCUACUUUUCGUAAUUUUUCCCCCGGAUUAUCUCGCUUUCCGGCGACGAUGACGGCUCUUCGGUGUCCCUCGGUGAUCCACUCCAGCUCCACAUUCUUCGUGAGAGUGAAUUACGGUUUCGGUAAAAAUUAGAAAAAGGGCAAAAGAGUCAAAGUAAAAAUAUUUGUGGGCUUUAUGUGGAGAUUUGCGGGCGACGUUUAACAAAUCCCCUGAAUCUCACAACUAUGAGUCUAUGGAGUAAACCCCACUAGAAACACUUUAGGAUAGAAAUUAUCUUUACUUUUCCCCCCACUCCCAAAAUGUCUAACAUGCUAGCCCGAAUUAAGAGAACUUGUGGGAGAUUACGACCCGACAGGCCUAAAUUUUCAUUUUCCCACCAUUGUUGCGGGAUGGGAAAAUUUGUAUGAACCCAAAUAAAUCCAAAUGGCAAAACUCUCUCUCUUCAUCCUCUGCCUCCUCCUCUUCAACCCUCCUCAACCCACCGAAGCCAUAAUCUCCUACGCUCAACUCCGCACCAUAUUAUCCCUCUCACACUCUCUCUCCUCCCGCGUCGCCACCCUUCGCGCCGCCCGAGGCGAUGUCGACGGUGCUCGCCGUGCUCGCCUCAUAGCCACCAAGCUCGACCAUGGUCUUAGCCUUAGGUUCUGGCCAACAAUCUGGUCAAUGGGUUGGGAUUACCUCAGGAACUAUGCUUGGCGUGAUACGACGUCGUUUCAAGAUGCUUUUGGAAUCGCCGCUGAUUUUAACGAGUUGCUGAGUGCACUCGGUGAGUUGGGUCGAUUGAAGUCCGAUUCUCAGAGAGCUGCUUGGGUUGCUCGCCAUUACGGGAAUUUGCUUCGUGUUUCCAAAUCUAUGUUCAAUCGGUUGCUCUCAAUUUUCAGCAAAUCUGGGCCAUUGAGAGAAUUGGUGGAGACAUUGAAGGAAGAAAUGGAGGGUGAGUUUUUGAAAGAUUGUCUUGAGGUGGGUAGUAAUGAUUUGAAGGGUUUAGUUCAAAUUUUAAAGGAUUUAUCUUCUAAAUAUACAAAUGUUUAUGCUCACCAAGAAUUUUAAUUUUCAUUUUAGUUGUUCUUUUUGGUGGGGGAAAUUGUUGUGUGUUCGGGUUUCGAAAGGGGUAUUAAGUUUAUUUGUGAUCUUAAGCUAAGAAAGUUUUUGUGGUAAUAGAACUUAGUGCUAAAUGUGAAAGAUUAGCUAACUUGUUGCCUUUUUACAUGGAUUAACUCUAUAUGAUUUUGUCAUGGUAUGUAUAUGUCCUAGUGUUGGCUGGU